AUGGCCUGGCCAAGGGGCUCCGGGCGCCUCCCGGCGCACACGCUCCGCCAGGCCGCGGCGGGGGCGACGCCCGCGCGGCGAGCGCCCGGAGGCACGCGGUGGAGAAGCUCGCCGCCCGCCGCCCUUCAGGUGCAGCUGGAGGAGGAGCAGCCGCAGCAGGCCGCUCUGCUGCUGGGCGCCUUCGCGCGCCUCCGCCACUCGCGCGACCCCGCGCUGUUCGGCCGCUUCUUCG